GAAAUUCACAAAUUUCACACAAAAAUUACAAAUAUGAUUCAUAAACAAGAUAUUCAGAGAGAGAUGAAGUUGGUUUGGUCUCCUGACAAAGCAUCUAAAGCUUAUCUUGAUACUGUUAAAUCGUGUGAGUUAUUGCAAGAAUCCACCGAAGCAGAUUUAAUCUCAGCCAUGGCUGCAGGAUGGGACGCGCAGAUGAUCGUAGAGACGUGGUCUCGAGGCGGGGCUACAUCAACCAGCAUUGGCCUCUCUAACGCAAUUCAUCAAACAGGUGGUAGGCAUACUUGCAUUGUCCCAAACGAAGAUUCAAAAACAGAGUACGAAUCAUCAAUUAUGGAUAAAAUCACCGGAAUGUCACCGGAAAUUGUUAUCGGUGAGCCGGAGGAAACAUUAGAGACAUUAACGGGGAUCGAUUUUUUGGUGUUGGAUUGUGAAAAAAAUGAUUUUUCGAGGAUAUUGAAGGUGGUUAAAUUAGGAAACAGGGGAGCAGUUUUGGUAUGUAAAAAUGUGAGUUCCAGAGCUGUUUCAGAUUUCAGAUGGAGGAGUGUUCUUGACGGAAAAUCAAGAAUCGUUCGGUCGGUUUUUUUACCGGUCGGAAAAGGAUUGGAUAUUGCUCAUGUAGGGGCUGCCGGAGCCGGAAAGAUUGGUUCCGGUGGGAGGAUGGAAAGGAAAUGGAUUAGAAGGUUUGAUAGAGAAUCUGGUGAGGAGUUUGUGAUUCGGAAGUGAAUUUAGGUGUUUAAUCAAUUUGUGCAAACCUCAACUAAUUCUUCAAGUACCCUCUAUCUACAUAUAGGUAUCGAGUAAGUUUGUUACCAAGACUUAAUCAGAUGGAAAGAAAUUAGAUGGUGGAAUUCUUUUGCAUUUUUUUCAUAGAUUUCUUCUCAUUUUUUAAAAUGUUUUUUUGGGCAUUUUUGGGUUAUGUAUAUUAGAUCCUCACAAAGUUGAAUAUUUGGUUUGCCAGUUGGGUUUAUGCUGGUGUGAUUUUGUUGGCAUUGGAGUUGUAUAUUGUUUGAUAGCAUUUGAAACAAAAGGAAAAGUAGAAGAUUGAAUUGA